UAUUCAGAAAAUCUAACCGGAAUUUGUAUUCUUUAUUUUGUCAGCGGGACAGAACGGGAGAGCGGGGACAGCUGUCAAGCGGAUACACGGAAAGCGGAAGCCAGUGGGAGAAGAUGUUUUUGUUGUUGACCCAAUUAUAAAUGCUAUUUAAAAGCUACAUUUUACAGUGUCCUGUUCAAUAAACAGCUAACUCUAAGUUACAAUUGAGAACAAGGUAACGUUAGCGUGAGAGUAAGGCGGCUAAUAUGAACGCAAGUAAAAGCAAAGACAGCGGUGAAGUUAUUAAAAACUACCAUAAGCAGGCGUUUGAGUGUGUAUCUAAGGCUUUAAAGAUCGACGAAGAUGACACAGGAGACAAGGAGCAGGCUGUGCAGUGGUACAAGAAAGGGAUUGCUGAGCUUGAAAGGGGUAUUGCGGUAGAGAUCAAGGGACAAGGAGAUCAAUAUGAGCGAGCGAGGAGGCUUCAAGAUAAAAUGGUCGCCAAUCUCUCCAUGGCAAAAGAUAGGCUUUCCCUUUUAGAGGCAACACUGGCAACUAAAAGGAGAAGUGAUCCCCAGACCUCAAGUCGUGUUCUUCCACAACCAAAGCCUGUGCCCAAAAGCCAGCCCGCCGUGCAAAGUCCGUCCACGAACAUCAGGCCCCCCACUGCGGUCAGACCCCCCACUGCGGUCAGACCCCCAUCUAGACCCUCAAAUCCAAAGGUGACCCCACAUGGAGGGAAAGCUCAAAAUGGAAGACCUGCAGCUGGGAAACAGCCCCCAAAGAAGGAUAUGAAAAAUUUCAAGAAUGUGGACAGCAAACUGGCCAACUUGAUUCUGAAUGAAAUUGUUGACAGCAGCGUGUCUGUAUCCUUUGAAGACAUUGCUGGACAGGAACUGGCCAAGCAAGCACUCCAGGAGAUUGUCAUCCUCCCUGCAUUAAGACCAGAGCUCUUUACUGGCCUGAGAGCUCCCGCACGGGGUUUGCUUUUAUUUGGACCGCCUGGAAAUGGGAAAACCAUGCUGGCCAAAGCAGUCGCAGCCGAGUCAAAUGCCACAUUCUUCAACAUCAGCGCUGCCAGUUUGACGUCUAAAUAUGUGGGAGAAGGCGAGAAGCUUGUACGAGCACUGUUUGCGGUUGCCAGAGAAUUACAGCCCUCUGUUAUAUUUAUUGAUGAAAUUGACAGCUUGCUCUGUGAAAGGAGGGAGGGAGAACACGAUGCCUCUCGUCGAUUAAAAACCGAGUUCCUCAUUGAGUUUGACGGGGUGCAGUCAGGAGGGGAUGACAGGGUGCUAGUAAUGGGUGCAACCAACAGGCCUCAGGAGCUGGAUGAAGCAGUACUGAGGCGCUUUGCAAAAAGGGUUUAUGUGACAUUGCCGGAUGAAGAGACACGAUUCACGCUGCUGAAAAACCUUUUGGGAAAGCAAGGCAAUCCACUGAGCAAAAAUGAGCUGUCCUAUCUUGCUAAAGCGACUGCAGGAUAUUCAGGAAGUGAUCUCACGUCACUAGCCAAAGAUGCUGCACUCGGGCCGAUUAGAGAGUUGGGACCAGACCAAGUCCGAAGUAUGGCUGCUAGUGAGAUGCGUAACAUCAAGAGAAAAGACUUUGAGGAUUCCCUGAAGCGCAUUAAGCCCAGCGUAAGCCCAGGGACUCUUAAUAUGUACGUCAAAUGGAACAAAGAUUUUGGUGACACAACCGGUUUUUGAACUUGAUAGUUCGUUUUCACUUCUACAAAGGAAAACCAUGAAAAUAAAAUAACAGUCGAGUCCUCAGUUUUACUCAACGGGUAAAAUACGUCAUUAACACAAAUGAACUUAAAAACCAGCAACAAACCUGUUUGUAGGUUGGUAAAGCAAUAAUGUAUAAAUAUUAGGACAUGUGGCAAUUGGUGCAUUUCCCAUUUGAUGGGAAGACGUUGCUAGUAAGAUUUUUAAAACUUUCUUUACUGCACAAGAAUAAAGACUUUGGGGACUCCCUGAAGCACAUUAACGCCAGCAUUAGCCCGAAGACUUUUUAUAACCAAAUAGAACAAAGAUUUUGGUGACACAACAGAUUUUUGAAUUUGAUAGUUCCUUUUCACUUCUAAAAAGAAGAAAAAACUUAAAAUAGAAUUACAGUUGAGUCCUCAGUUGUACUGUACGGGGAAAAGACAUUGUUAGGCCAAAUUACCUCAAAAGACAGCAACAAACAUCCCUUGUAGGUUGGUAAAUAAUAUUACAUGGCAGGUGGUGCGUUUCCUGUUUUAUGGGAAGACUUUGCUGGUUUCUUUACUGUAUUACUGCACUCCUAGAACACUUGUCUUGCUUGUUGAAAUUGAAUUAUUUAUUCUCAAGAAUGUCCUGCUGAAUAAUAACAUUGGAUCCUUCUCUUGCCUCAAGGGGGCAGCAAGUUUGUGUAAAUCCUUACAUAACCUCACUACUCAUCCAGUGGUUCCCUGCUUUAUCCACAUGUCGAUGGUAUUGAUCACCAAGUGCUCUCUGUACUUGUACACAAAGGCAAUAAUAAUUGGGAGAAGAAAUGACAGUUUGGUUGCUUAUUGUAUUAUAUUAGGUUUUUUACAUUUGCAUAUAGUUUGUAGAUACAAAUACUAAUAUAGACCAAUUGAAUUGUCGUGUUGGCCAGCUACCUUUUAUUUUAUUGCGUAGAGUUAUGGCAUUGAGUUGAAAAGUUUCAUUGUGCAGGGUUAUAAUGGCCUCCCACUUUCCUCAUGCAUCAAUAAAUACAUUCAUUAAAGUUUCA